AUGAUAGCUGAAGGCUCUGCUAUUUCCAUGGACUCCGAUUCCGAUGGCUCUCACAUUUCCGCAACGCCACCACGUGAUUCACCACCUCCCUCUCCGCCUCCAGCAUCAGCAAGACCCGCUCUUCUUCUAUCCUCCGCCAAAUCAAGAACUAAAUUUAAAGCCGCCACCAUUUCCAAGUCCACUUCACGCCCCAUCCUGAAACCAAAACCCUCUAGCAAAUGCUCUAAGUCAGCUAUAAAUCCUGAUCCGAAACUACCCCUUCAAGGAAACCCAACUAAAAUUUCACUUCCCCCACCUGACCUCUCCAGUUUACCCUUCCAUCAUAUCCACCGCUCUGGCUCAAUUAAUGGAAGCUCCUCAUUUUCCUCCAAUUGCAACCAUUCAGUCCCAACCCUUGUACCUGUUGGGCGUCUGAUAUCCAAGUUUGCAUCUUUCUCGAAAACCCGGAAAGAAAAUCUGAAAUUUGAGCCCCUUGAAUCUAAUCCCACUGAACCUUUAUUAACAACCCCAAAGCCGAAGGCAGAGUUAGGGGAUGACAAUGUGGUCCGACAAGAAACUGGAAAUGAAGGAUUUAAUGCGUCCAAAGUGGUGAAGAAACAUCCUAAUUGCAUUGAAAGUGGCGUGUCUUCUGCUUCUAACGCUUCUAUAUCGUCAGCGACAAGGGUUAAAUUUAAAAGUGAAGGUAACUUUGUGAAACUGAAUAUUAAUGGUUAUGGAAGGAAAAAGUUCAAAAUCAAGGGGAAGCACAGGAAUCUUGGAAGUUCAUCAAUUGGGCGUCAAAGAUUUUCCAGAAGACGUAAUAGGAAAUUUGGAGUUGAAAAUAAAGGAGAAGGAGAAGUGGGCGGAUUAUGUGAUGAAGAUGAUCAUGUUUUGGAGAUUAAACACGUGCAGAAAAUAUCUAGUUUUGAUAUCGGUACAAUUGAAGAGGCUGUGAUGAGGGUACGAGAUGAGGCAUCAGAUGAGAAUUUACUGAGGCUAUUGAAAUUAAGUCAUGGCUAUGAUUCAUUCAGGAAUGGGCAAUUGGAGGCUAUUAAGAUGGUGCUUUCUAAGAAAUCAACCAUGUUAAUUUUACCAACUGGCUCUGGGAAGUCUUUGUGUUAUCAGGUGCCUGCGUUAGUUUUGCCAGGAGUUACCCUUGUCGUUAGUCCAUUAGUCGCUUUGAUGAUUGAUCAGCUCAAACACCUACCUCCUACUAUUCCUGGUGCUCUCCUGUGUAGCAGUCAGACACCAGAAGAGGCUUCCGAGGCACUUAAGUUAUUAAAGAACCAAACAAUAAAGGUACUCUUUGUUUCACCAGAGAGGCUUUUAAAUGUCGAAUUCAUAUCCAUAUUUUCUGGCAUUUCUUUAAUAUCACUUGUUGUGAUUGAUGAAGCCCACUGUAUAUCGGAAUGGUCACACAAUUUCCGGCCUUCCUACAUGAGGCUAAGGGGAUCAAUGUUGCGUGCUAAGCUUCAUGCUGAUUGCGUUCUUGCAAUGACUGCAACUGCAACAUCUAAAACGUUGCAUAAUGUGAUGCAUGCUUUAGAAAUUCCUGCAACAAAUCUAAUCCAGGCUGUCAAAAUGAGGGAAAAUCUGCAAUUAUCUCUGUCACAGACUGGAAAUAGGCAAGUAUACACUCUUAUUCUCUUUUAGUUUUGACUUGACUCCUUUUGUCUUCUAUUUGCAUUGAGCAUUCUCUCUCUCUCUCUUUUUUUAAAAUCCAGAAUGAAAGAUCUAAUGACAUUACUCAAAUCUUCUCCCUAUGUGGAGAUAAAAAGCAUAAUUAUUUACUGCAAAUUUCAGUCUGAAGCUGACCUGAUAAGCAGAUAUCUAUGUGACAACAAUAUCUCAGCUAAGAGUUAUCAUAGCUCUAUCCCUGCAGAAGAUCGACGUCGUAUACAGGAAAUAUUUUGUUUGAACAAGAUAAGGGUGGUUGUUGCAACUGUGGCUUUUGGCAUGGGACUUGAUAAAAGGGAUAUUGGAGCUGUAAUACAUUACAGCUUACCAGAAAGCUUGGAAGAAUACGUUCAGGAGAUAGGCCGUGCUGGACGUGAUGGAAGAUUGUCGUAUUGCCAUCUUUUUUUUGAUGAGGCUACCUACUUCAAGAUGCGUAGUCUUAUGUACAGUGAUGGUGUAGAUGAGUAUGCUGUGAAGAAGUUCCUUUGUCAAAUUUUCAGUAAUACAAAUUCAUCAGGCAAAAUUUGUUCAAUAAUCAAGGAAUCUGCAUCUCGGAAAUUUGAUAUCAAAGAAGAGGUGAUGCUUACAAUUUUAACUCAGUUGGAAUUGGAUGACCUGCAAUACCUGAACUUGCUUCCACAGAUCAAGGUUACUUGCACUUUAAAUUUCCAUCAGACUUCCCCAUCUUUGCUCGCAAAUAAAGAUAUUGUAAUUGCAGCAAUUUUAAAGAAGUCUGAACUGAAAGACGGGCAGUAUGUGUUUGACAUACCAAGUACAGCAAAUAGCAUCAGAUGGCAGGCUACUGACUUGUCGAACCAUUUGAAGAGUCUAAAGUUGAAGGGAGAGAUUACAUAUGAAUUGAAGGAUCAGGCAUUUUGCUAUAGAAUUGUGGAUGUGCCGAAUGAUGUUUGUUCUUUGGCAGCAAAUAUUACAAAGUGGUUAUCAGAUGUUGAGAUCUAUAAGGUUCGGAAAUUAGAUGCAAUGUUCAAUGCUGCGGUCUUUGCAGUAAAACAGUGUAAUAAAGUGGAUGGAUGUAAUGACCAUCAACAUACCCCUUGCUUACAAAGGAAGAUUUUCGAGUACUUCAACAGCAAUGAUGAUGAUAUCCCCAAUAUCAUGGCUGAAAGCAGCCGCUUUCUGAGAGCCGACAUAAAGGUGUUUUUGCAGAGUCAUUCACAGGCAAAAUUUACCCCCAGAGCUGUUGCUAGGAUAAUGCAUGGCCUCGCCAGCCCAGCCUUUCCUUCUGCAACUUGGUCAAGAACUCAUUUCUGGGGAAGAUACACGCAGGUAGACUUUAAAGUGGUAAUGGAAGCAGCAAGAGCAGAGCUCAUGAAAUUUGUUUCUCCUAGUGUCGUCUAAAUGUUUCCCCAGUAACCGAAGGAAGCCUUCUGCACCGCCUAGUUGUCUCUAAUGGCAUUCAAUUCAAGAGCCAGGGAGUCGAAACAUUUUGGUCGACUGAGUUCACGAUACAAGCCUGGUGCAUUCAAGCUGUCUCUGCCAGAAGAAUAGUAAGAUUAAGUAGAUUAUUGGUCAUCAGGUCAGUUUGGCCGAUACAGACAUUAUGACUGAUUUUUGAACCAAGAACCUGAAAAAUGCCGGUGGGAACGCCUUUGCGAUUGCACCAGAGGCAUGAGAAGCUAGUCAUUUUUUGAAGCUGAGGAUGGAAUGGGAGUGCAAAUGACCUUAAGAAAUCUGAGGCCUGCAUUUGAUUAUUGAACUCGCUGUCGAGACUUUCCUGCAUUAAGGUUGCUGCAGUGGAAUGUUUGAUUUUUUAACCUUAUCAAAUGUAUGAUGCAUUUUUUAUGCAGAUAAAUAUCCCGCUUGGUUUUUUUUUUUGUUUUCUGAUUUUUUUAA